AUGAUCUUCACCAACUUCAUCGCUGGCGCUAUCGCCCUGUCCGUCGGUGUCAGCGCCGGUCCUUGCCGCAUCAGCUCUCAGACAUCUGGAACUGCUGCCACCACCACUGCUGAGGCCUCACUCGCAACCUCUACCGUUCUCACCACCACUGCCCUCGAUUUCACUACCGAUCUUACCACCUUCCUUACCUUGACUGCUGAGACUACCUCUGCUGCUGAGGAGACCACCACUGCCGCCGAUGAGACCACUGCUAUCGAGACCACUGCUGUCGAUACUACCACUCUCGAGGCUACCACCACUGCCGAGGCUACCACUACCGCUGAAGUUGUCACUACUCAGGCCACCAGCGCUGCACCUGAAGCGACGACCUCUUCGGCUCUUACUGUCCAGUGCCACACCAAUGAGGAGUGCGAUUCCCUUCUCGACGUCAGCGGACUGAGCUGUAUGGACAACACAUGCGAGUGCAAGACUGACUUCCUUUGCCAUGUCGUCGUAUACUAG